AUGAUGAAGUGGGGAAGAAAGAAAUCGUCUUCUUCUUCACCUUCUUCAUCGCACCCUCCUUCAAUCUCUCGCGUCUUUCCCAGUUCAUGGCUUUUGAAAUUUAAGCAUAUGGGUGGUGGUAGUCCUGUAAUGAAAGGAGCAAAAACAAUGCAGAAAGGGAAAAUGGCAUCAGAGUGUUCGAGUUCAGUGCAGGGUGUUGUUUUGAAAGAAGGUCGGUUUUAUGGCCCAGACGAUGAUGACUCGUAUUGGCGACUUUCGUUUGGAGAAGAAAGGUUCGAUGGUGUGAAGAGUAGAGGAGUUGGUCUGCAAUCUGUUUGGUAUAAUUCAGAUGACGAGGUUGAUGAUCCCAUGUUGAGCUCCAAAAGCUUGAAAUGUAGGGAUAGAGACGUGGCAGGAGGAGAAGAAGGUCACAAGUUCAGUGACAUGGUCUCAGCUAUAAGAAAGGUAAGAGAAUUGCCUCUCAAUGUGGAAAAUUUCCAGGGAAAUGAUACAUGUAAAGGAAGAAAAGAAAGUGCAGAAGCAAAACUUAAAAAAACAAGGAGAAAAGCUGCGAAAGAUCAGAAAACGAGAAGAAUGAAUCGAAGUAUUUUGGAAGAAAAAGGGGCAGAAUUAGCAAGAGGAUCAGAUAAAGAAGCACAAAAGAAUAACAAAUCAGUAGAGAAAGAUAUAUUUGAAAUAGAACCAGCAAGGUUAAUUCGAACAAAAGAGGAGGAUUACAAGCGGUCAACAGUUUCUGAUUCUAGGAGGCAGCAUAGUGUCUCAUUCGUGAACUCAAAUCUCAGGACAACUGAAGAAGAUUGCCUAGUUGAGGCUCUGAAUUUGGAGGAAACUAAACCACUUUCUGAAGAAGAAAUGAAUCCAGAGAUGCAAAAAUGGAAGGACAAUAAAAUCAGAGAACUGAUGUUGAAGAGUGAGAAACAGAGGAAAUCUAUUCACAUAAGAAUGGAAUCACAGAAAAGAAGAACAAAGCAGAGCUGCAAAUUCAAAGUUCAUUCCCCAAGAAUUGCCGCUCUUGAGGACAUCAAGAAAGCAAAGAUGAAGAUGAAUAAGAAGACAAACAACAAAGUGGUCAAGGACAGAACAGCCUUUGAUAGCUUUGCUGUGGUAAAAAGUUCACUCGACCCCCAACAAGACUUCAAAGAUUCAAUGGUUGAGAUGAUCAUGGAGAAAGGCAUCAGACAACCAGAAGAGCUCAAGGAACUCUUGGCUUGCUAUUUAACACUGAACUGCAAUGAAUAUCAUGAGCUCAUCAUCAAGGUCUUCCGGCAGUUUGGUUUCAAUGCUUAUGGUAUAGAAAAGUAA